CUGAAGCCUUGUUAGACUCUGAGUCUGUGUUGGAUGUAGAGACCAUCACACCGAUACCUGUUCCUCUGUAUGACAAUCAGAAAGCUCUUAGUGUGAUGAAGGAGUGUGAGCGACAUGUUCUGUUUGCUCGCACGGUUGCUGAGAGCCCUCCACCCCCCGAUGACUGGGAGGAACAUGUUAACAAGACUGGAUGGUCAGUGGUCCAGAACAAACUGUUCAACAAAGUCCUUAAAGCUCUACAAGCUGAAAGACUAGCCCGUCUGGCCAAUGAAACCGCUUCCAAUGAGCCAAUCUUGCGGAGGAUAGCUGUGGACAACUGUGCCAGGAAGGUGCAGCAUGCAUUAGCCAGUGUGAGCUGGGACACCAAACUGACGCAGUGGUUACACACUACCAUGAUUGAAUCCUUAAGCCUCGCUAUGCUUGCUGCUUACCUGGAUGUGCUGCAGACCACGUAUUUAGUCCCCGAAUUCUGCCCUGACUACUGUGAGGUAGCUUUUAACUGGUCGACUUGUGAAUACUUCUUGCACAGGAAGGGCAACCCACAUCUAUCGUGUGACAUUGUUUACAAAGGGAAGUGA